AUGCCAAGGUUGUACACGAGGCCCUCGGUGGCGGUGCUCUCCGGCGAGUCUGUCGACGACGUCGGCGACGGCUACGGCGUCUUGGCAACCGUGGCGGGCGAGUCCUGCUCGCUGCUUGUCGCCUCCUGCGUGCUCGCCGCGUCCGUCAUCAUCUGGGAGGCGUGCGCCUUCGCUGCCUUGGCCGCGAUGCUCGUCGCCGGCGUCACCUGGUGCCUGAGCCUCGCAGCCGCGGGUCGUGCUGCCGGCACGGUGUUUCGUCCCACCGCCACGCCAGGCAGCAGAGCCAGCGGAGUAGGGUGCGGGCUUGCCGAAAUAGACAUCAGCGCGCUGCCCAAGUCCCCGUACCAGCACCACCGCCUCGGCGGCGGCCCCGCGGGCGGAGGAGACGGAGUGACGUGCGCCGUGUGCCUGGAGGACCUUCGCGGCGGCGAGAUGGUGCGGAGCCUGCCCGAGUGCCGGCACCUGUUCCACGUCGGCUGCAUCGACGCGUGGCUGCAGAUGCACGUCACGUGCCCGCUGUGCAGGUCUGAUCUCUCGCCGCGGCGACGGGUUACGACGGCCGCGCCGGUAGGAUCGCAGGCUGGUUCGUGGUCGCCGCAGUAG